AUGAUUCCAAGAAGGUUGGGAAGCGCCGUACGGCUCAAAUGCGCCGGUAAAGCACAGCCUCAAACGCGGUUACAGAGGCCACUCGCGGUGACGACCCGUGCUUUACGGCCACACACAGCACGCGUUCAUUCAAGUCCGUUAUCACGUGCUCUCUCGCAGACAAGACUCCUACAAACCCAGCCCAAGAGUUCAAGAACCAAUGGAAGAGACACUACCCUCUUCAACCCGCGAUGGAACCAACCAGCCAAGGACCCCACAACCACACUCCUAGAAUCACGCUUCCCAACCAAAACCGUCCUUGUACUCCUCACCCUAGGCGGCCUAGCAUACUACUUCGUCGACAUAGUAGAAACCGACUGGACAGACAGCGUCUACGGCGCCUUCGAAACCGGCGACGAUGCCUCCCAACUCGCCCAACCCCUCCACUUCUACUCCUCGAAAGAAGAAGUCCAACACAUCCUCGACUUCCACAUCCCAGACCCCAGCGCCCCGAUGAAAGACCCCGCCGUAGCGAAGUUCUUCUCAGAGCAAUUCGACAAGCUAUGUUACGGAUGGAUGAUGACGCCCGAUGAUUCAAAGAAGGGCGUCGAAGGCAUGCCAGACGUGCAAAUGCCCAUAACACACGGCUGUCGGUUCCGCAGCAACGAGCCAUGUGAGGAUUUCUUCGCACUAGGAACGUCGCCUGGCCCCGGGCAGAACCUGUGGAAUUACUGGACUGUACUAGAUGGGCAUGCAGGACGACACACGGCAUUCUACCUCCAAUGGACACUAAUCCCCAUGGUAUCCUCCGCGCUCAGCACCCUAACACCGCACGCCUCCAGCCACCAAAUCGAAAGCAGCAUAAAAACCGCCUUCCUCGCCACCGACAAAAGUAUCAUGUCCCGCGCCAAAACAGCCGCAGCCUGGUUCCCCGCCGCCAACGCCGCCGCCAUCGCCGCGCUCACACCCGCUUUCUCGGGGUCCUGCGCGCUACUCGCUGCAUUCGAUCCCCAGUCCAACAAACUCCGCGUCGCCUGCACAGGAGACUCCCGCGCCGUCCUCGGCCGCUGGGACCCCUCCACAUCCUCCUACACGGCAAUCCCCCUCUCGGAAGACCAAACCGGCUCCAACGCUAAGGAAGUAGAAAGACUAAGCAAGCAACACCCCGACGAACCCUCCGUCAUAGACCCCAAAACAGGCCGCAUGCUAGGCAUAGCCGUAACCCGCGGCUUCGGCGACCACCGCUGGAAAUGGGAUAACGAGACUAUCAAAGCGUGCCAGCACAAAUUCUGGGGUACGGCGCCCAGACCGGGGAAUCUGAGUCCCCCGUAUAUGACGGCGGAGCCUGAGGUGCAGGAAACGGCUGUUGUGAGGAGGGAGCCGCGCGAUGGGAUGCUGUGUGGUGAUGGUAGGGCAGAAGGGGGGAAAAGCGAUUUCCUCAUCCUCGCUUCCGACGGUCUUUGGGACCGGAUUUCGUCUGAACACGCCGUCGAGUGCGUGUCCCGCUAUCUCUCCGCGCGCGCCCGUGGCCAGGGUUCUGUGAAGGCCGACCCGGAACUCCUGCGCAACCCUCCCGUUUUCCCUCAAAACUUCUCUAGCUUGGACCCGGGUGUGACGUGCGACCCCGCGGCCGGCGAAGACGUGGAUUGGAAAGCGGAGCCUGAGUAUUUUGCGAUUGAGGAUGAGAAUGCGGCGGUUUGUUUGGCGAGGAAUGCGAUGGGUGGGAAUAGGAGGGGGUUGUUUUUGGGGGUUUUGGCGGGGCCGGAGCCGUUGAGUAGGAAUGCGGUGGAUGAUACUACGAUUAUGGUUGUGUUUUUUGAUAAAUUGGAGGAGGGGAAGGGUGGAGGUAAGGGGGGCAAAAAGGUAGAAGAGAAUAGGAGCGGGGACGGAGAGAAGAAGAAGUGGUGGUGGCCGUUGUGA